AGCCACACACGCUCUGCGCGCCUGUGCCUCUGUCUUUUGGUUUUUGGUGUGCUUGCUUUGAAAGCCGGCUGUGUCUACCUCCCCAGCUUCUGUAUAGGUUGCUCCUUGGAUUAGGGAUGCAGAAGCCACACUGCACUGGCCCCAAGCUCCUGCUCAUCCUUCUGGGCCACUUGCUGUUGGCUGCUGUGGAAACUCAAGGUGAGGACACUACAGGGCUAUUAUUGCUGCCUGCAUUUAGGAUAUUAGUGGCACUUUGUGGUCAGACAAAUGGACAGCUCAAGCAGGUAACCUCAACCUGCUGAAAGGGUAAGUGUUUGGACAAUUUAGCGAAAACUCAGGUGUAAUAGAAAGUCUAAUGGUGCACAAAAGCUUCGACUGGUAUAUUUUUACCUGUGUAUACCUGUUUGUGCAAAAUCUAGGAUGAACUGUUUGUUUUUCCGUUGUUUUGGUUAUGCGGCCGGUGGAAUGUUUCCCUCUUCACUGGGAGCCUCUCAGCAGGCAUGAACGGACAGAAACUCAAGUGUCUUCUCCGCGCUGUCUUCUGUCAUUUUGACACUGUUUGUGAAACCCCUUACCUCACAUAACCUCUGGUCUACUAUGAUUCAAAGGAACCUGCAGAAACACUUGAAGCUUUACUUGCAUUGUGGCUUUAUAUUCUCUGGUCCGAAACAUGCACCAGCAAAUUUCAGCAAGAAAAAUCACACAGAGAUAAAUCUCGGUGUGUGAAAUCUCCACAUUCUGUUCAUUCGCACCAUUUCAACUCAUCUUUCACCUUUUCUUAUCUGUUUCCAUCACGCAGAGCUGUACGAUCUGGAGAGGGAACCGGCCUAUUGGGAUGCUCAGGCCAGGGCGACACUGGAUGCUGCGCUGAAACUCCGCCCUCGGGAUCACCAAGCCAAGAACAUCAUUCUGUUCCUCGGUGACGGUGGGUCACGCUGGCAGUCGAGGAUGUGUUUAAGGACACAUUUACACAGACUCAGCAGUGGUUGAAGCUUGAGCAGGAAAAAUGACUAUUCAUAGCCUGAUGACAAAUAGAGCUAAUUAUACAUUGCAAGACAAUGCUCAAGUGUGUUCAGUUACAGUGUGUUUGCUGUGCUUAAAAUGGAUUUGGGCAAACAGGCUUGGACAGGCAGACUGUGUGUUAGUGGUAGUUUACCAACAGUCUAGAUUCAUUGGAGCCGAUGAGCCAAAGAUCCGAAUUAAAUGCAAUUUGAGCAUUCAGAAUUGUUUAGCUGGACUUAACAUCAAAAUACACGAAACUUUCUGAGUCACGAAAGCUGGAGAAGUGCCGCCUUAUCUUCUGCCAGCAGCCACAACUAAAUCAAAUACAUUUUUUUCUGAUUGCAGUAUUAUUUUUUUUUUGCCUGAGUCUACAGAUUUUUUAAUUAAUCAAGGAUCACACUGGUAACCAUCCGACAUUACAGUCCCCCUUGUUUUUAUGUUGCAAUUUUGUGUCUUUUAGCGUUAUAUCUUGGAUAGAGCAAACAUUGUGAAAAAAAAAAUCUCAAAAGUUAGUGAAGACCAAAUCAGAACAAGAACAACUGCUUGUUUUGUAUGACCUGGUAUGAACACUGGAACUGAGACCUUCUUGGGGUGGUGAUUUAUUAUGUGUUUUGUGCUUAUGAGCUUGUAAGCACCAGUUUUGCUAACACGAAUUAAUGAGCAUAUCCUUGAGCUCUAUACAUUUGUCCUCUUCAAAAAGCAUUUGCCAAUAUUUUUAAGUCUUUUUUUUUUUUUUAGCGAAUUCGCAUAGUAUAUCCAGAUGUUUUGGGCUCUGGACUCCUUCUUUGCUUUUCUUGGGAAAUUGUAACUUCUGUUUUUGUGUGUUAUGCAACAAAAAAAUUGCAUUAAUUGUAACUUGCCUGGUGUGUUUACAGCUGGUGAAACACUGGAGUCAUUUGUGUAUGUGGAGCUGUUGAAAGGCACAGAGAUUUAAGAGUGUUUUCCCUGGUAACUACCAGAGUAUCUGCUUUAAAUCAGACAUACUAGGUCACAUUUCUGGGUGGUCGGGGCUCCGCUUUCUUUGAGCAUCCCUCCAGAAAUGCCCUGCCCAAAGCAUGGUCUCAGUUUAUGACUGUGAUGAGAGUUGAGUGCCUCACAGUGGCAAAGGCUUCAUAAAGUAUGGUUUCUAAAGUCAGGAGUGAAACCCAAUACUGGGCUAAUGGAAAGGAUCAAAGGACUUAUUUUGUAUGUUUUAUGUAUUAUAUGACAAAUAGUGACGAAGCACAUCUACAUUUGUUUACUUCAUCUGUUCUUCAUAUAAUGGACUGGCUACUUACCCAGAAGACUCUUUGUUGCUGUAUGCCAUUAUUUCAUCCAGAGGAAGAAAAAUAACCCCUGAAUGACUUCUCUAUUUGUGGAUUUGGUUGAUGCUGACGUAUAUUACCGUUGUUUGCUUUGAGAUUUACGGGAUCAUGUUUGUCCCUGAAAUAUGCCAUUAAUGACUGCGGCUUUUCAAAGCAAGAUUUUAUAAGCGCUUGCAUUUGCUUUUUUAAAAUGGAUGGAAAGGUUAUUGCAGGAUAUUCUCAUCAUGUGACUGUUGUCUGGUGGUAAAUAAACUCUGAAUUUAUCCAAUCGGACCAAACGAUUGAUCUAAAUCUGAAACAGUGGUUCUGGAUUCUGAGCGUCUUCUAAAGCCAGGUGCUUUUGUUUCACUAUUGUUUCAUUCAGUUCAGCAGUUAAAAAUCGAGGCUACAAAGGCUGUUAAUAUUUUAACAGACAAUUCCAGUGAGCCUCACCUGUCAAUCAUUGUCUUCCAGGUAUGGGUGUAUCCACAGUAUCAGCAGCUCGGAUCCUGAGAGGUCAGAUGGAGGGCAGGUCAGGGGAGGAGACCAUGCUGGCCAUGGAUACUUUCCCAUACGUGGCCUUGUCAAAGGUGACAACAUCACAGUGUAUCUGAUGAACCUGAAGUUAAGCAGUUAUUUAUUUUUAAUUUAGCAAAGGAUAGGCUGUAAGACAAUGUUUGCACUCAAAGCUGAGGUUAGCAAAUGAAAAUGUCAAGAAAUAUUGGAUAAAGUUUGUGUAAAAGGAGUGGUUAUAUCGGCAAAGCAGGAAUUUAAAUUUGUUUUACACAGACUCAUGUUGAAGUUUAAAAAAGAUCAUUUUUAAUAUAUAUUUUUAUGUGUAUAUUUCUGCCCCCUGUGACCUGAAUUGCUUUGCCUCCACAGGCUCACAAACACACUAUCAAUGGUGUUAUCAGAAGAUGGACUCCAAGGAUGAGCUCUGUAGUUAGAUAAUGAGGGUGUGCGUUACAAGAGAGAGAGAGAGAGAGAGAGAGAGAGAGAGAGAGAGAGAGAGAGAGCAUGGCACAUCUUAUCCCUGUGUAUGUGACUGCGUGUUAAGUAUCCGUUGUUGCUUGAUUAAUCAGCGCAAUGUGACAUACAGAGAGUGAAAGGGGGAAAAUGCCUACAGAGAAAGACAGUGAGAGAGAUAGAUGAUAUAGAAAGGAAUAGAGUGAGAUAUACAGCAAACUAAGGACCCAGUACAAAGGUUUUAGCUUUGCUUUGACAUUUUGGCUUGCUUCUCCGUGCCACCUUAACCUGAACAACUGAAGUGCUCAAGAGUACAGACUGUGAAACCAGAGUUAGCUUCAUAGGCGAUGAUAAGUCCCGUUAGCCUGAGCGAGCAGCCCUAAAAUUUUUGAGUUUAAACCCAACAGAAAAAAAAAAAAAAAUGCUUUUAGAAUAAGUUAAUUCUUUAAAGGCUGUAAUAGUGUUUCUGUUUUUGCUUCACAGACCUACAGUGUUGAUAAACAGGUAGCUGACAGCGCUAGCACAGCUACAGCCUACCACUGUGGUGUGAAGGCGAACGCUAAGACGGUGGGGUUAAGCGCUAACGCAGUGGCCUAUGAAUGUAACACAACCUUUGGGAACGAGGUCUACUCUGUGUUACGGCGCGCUAAAGCACAAGGUAAGGUGUGUUGGCGGUUGUUUCAAAAGACAGCUCCCUUUAUGUUUUAUCUAAAGCUAUCAAGUGAACUUAUCUGGAGCUAUAAGUAUCAAGUAUAGGGAAUAAAACAAUAAUCUGAUGGGCACGACUAAAAAGAGUCAUGGUUCAACAUGAUGGUUGGAACAAUGAAGAGAUUGUCUCUCACUUAACAGUCAUCACUUUCAUUGUAUAUAAUGUAUGAUGUGAAAAUAGAAAGAACUAGGUUAAUAGUUGAUUUUGUAGGGCCAGUCAUGUCAAUUAGUGGAAUAAUUAAAGGUGUAUAACAGAUGCUUUACACAUCUAUAGCUUUAGUGCUUUGUUGUGCCAGCGCACAAACACAGGGUACUGUAGUUAAAGUGAAAUAAUUGUUGUUUUUUUUUGGUCUUUAAUUUGAAGCUAUUAAGUUUUAUGAUACCUUUAUUGGAGGUACUGGUACUAGUUGUCAAAGCUAAACGUUCAAGUUGGCGGCAAAAGCUGUGUUUUUCAAAGGCAAAUUGUUGGGAAUUCGAGUUGUGGGCAAUUAGAGAGCUGGCCAAAGGAAUGCAAAUUUACUGUAUAUUAAACAUACAUAAAUGAAUGUAUUUCCUUUGUAAUAAGCUUUUCCAGAAGGCAAUAAACUGAGUGUAUAAGUGGAACCACUCUCACUCUCCACCUUCUCCACUAUACUUUCCUAUACACUUGCCAAGAAAGACUAUGCAGCAUUUUGUCCAAGAAAAUUUGAUAAAGUAAAGACCUCUGUGCUUAUUUUAGGACCUCUUUUCACUCGUUUGUUGCUUUGCACCAAUACUUUAAAAAAAGUACCUUGUGUAGGCUUGCUUUUAAAAAAUAGACCUUUAAUGUGGUCAUCUUUUCAAUGUUUAGGUAAAUCUGUUGGACUGGUAACCACCACACGUGUCCAGCACGCCUCUCCAGCCGCUGCUUACGCCCACUCUGUCAGCCGCAGCUGGUACAGUGAUGCAGAUCUGCCUUCAAGCGCACGUCGCCAAGGCUGUGUCGACAUCGCAACACAACUGGUCACCAAUGUUGACAUUGAUGUACGUAAGAAGCAUUUAGUUUGGAAAUUUAAAAAAGAUAUGUCACUAUCAGAUAAAGAUUGAUUUUAAUCAUCUGUACUGGAGCUCAGAGUAAACUUUUACACAGCUCCCUGAGCAGUAAAACAAAGUGCAGUAUAGAGCUUAUCUGCAAUCAUGAUAAUUGUUUAGAUAAGGAGCAAUUUUUGCCUCACUGUAUAUUGCCAGGGAUUAAACUAGAUAUGCGAAUAUAACACAUUUUAUUUCUUGAGUGCAAUGAGGGCAACAACCUUAAAAAUGGCUGUAAAUGAGGUGAGUGAACAGGUAAAGGUACAUGACAAAAUAUUAAAGCGAAAUCAAGCCAAGGAGCUCAUCAGCAGCUUAUAUGAUUUAUGCAGAUUGUGCCAACCUUUACUAAAAUACAUUUACAAUGUAGACAUUCUUAUUCUCUGAUGAAGCAGUUUAAUCUAUGUUACAACCAAUUAGCUAAAACAUCAACUCUCCCACUUCUGGUAUUUGUAGUUUAUCUUUUUUGUGAUUUAGAUAUUGUGCAAUGACAAAGCUUUAGAUACCGUCUCCUAAAGGGGGAAAAAGGUCAAUUUUAUUUCAAGGAAGAUGCUACCCUAGGUCAAAGAUGCAUGUAUAUAUAGAUUAAGGUUAAAGAUGGAUUUACAUAGUUAUAGAUAAUAAAACAUCUGAUUGAUACUUUGCAUGUUAACAUCAAUUUUUGAUAGGCCACAUCUGAAUGGGUAGGCUAUACUUUUCAAUUUCCCAUCUGGAUCCUUUGGACCCAUAGAGUUGAACUUGUUUAAAUUCUAAUCAUAUGAUUAAAUAAUUAGUAUCAUAAUGGAAGGUGAAAGAAGUUAAUAAUCUGUUAGGUUGGAGAAUGAGCAGCUCUGUGAAAACCCCAGAGCUCUAUUAUUAGAUCUCGCCUUGCCUGUAAAAUCAUUCAGAAGAAUGAUUGUUAUGGACUGCUAACGUAGGAAUUUUGUCCGGUUGCCCUGCCAGGUAAUUUUAGGUGGAGGGAGGAUGUACAUGACACCUAAAGGCACCCCAGACCCUGAGUACCCUACCUCUAACUCUCGCAAGGGGGACCGCAAGGACAGGAAGAACCUCAUUGACGUUUGGCUGAAGGCUAAACCAGUAAGAUUAUCGAUAAUACCGUGUUGAAUUUUUACAUUCAUGUUAGUAUGUGAGUUAUGGAUCAUGUCGUCUGUUGUUACUUUUUCAGAAAAAGAAGUCCCACUAUGUUUGGCACAGAAAAGAGUUUGAUGAGAUAAAUGUGAAGACUACUGACCGGCUCAUGGGUGGGUACGGAUGCACUUACAGUUAUCAGGUGGAAAAGAUAAGCAGACCUAAGUUUAUACAACGCUAUGACAGCAUAAAAACACAACAGCCUGACUGGAAAAAAACAUGCAAUACAUUAUGAUUCAUGCCAACACACAAGCAGAGAUAACAGACCGAUAAACUUCUUAUCAAAGUUAUGAAACUUACCUUACAGUGGGAUUCCAGUAAGGUCAGCUUCUGUCUAUGCAGCCAUGUGGAGUAGUCAUGGUGAUACACGGUAAAUUCUCUGUAAACUGGUGUUAUCAGGAUUACCGGCAACAAGGAUGUGCUCCUGCAUCUGUCCAAUCUUACAGUUGCUAUCUUGAAUCAUAUAUCGCUUUCAAACUUUUUUUUUACUGUCUGGAGUUUUAACAUAUUCAAAACAAGGGGUCGCAGAUAACAGAACACGCAUCCAAAUAGCAAUAAUCAAGUCUUUUCCCAAAAUGUUAUGAAGUUAAAGAAGUAUGUUUUUUAGAUAGACAAAGCAGAAUAACAGUAAAAAACAAAAUAAAAUUAAAUAAUAUUAAACGAAAAGCUUUAACGAUCUUGAAAGCAGGUUGGAUUGAAUGUGUUACAAGAACUGGAAGCCCUGAAGCAUUAGUAUCUAGUUGGCAUUAGUAUGCAGUCUUCUACUUUUUUGCUCUAACACUUUAGACUCAACUUUAGUACAGCGCCGUGUCAAAGUGUCUUAAAAUAAAUAAAACUUUUUUUUUUGUUAUUAUUAUUUCCAGGUCUGUUUGAGCCAAAGGACAUGAGGUUUGAAGUUUUCAGGAACAGCUCGCGUGACCCGUCCAUAGUAGAGAUGACUGAGAAGGCCAUAAGAAUCCUUAGCAAGAAUCCUAAAGGAUACUUUCUUUUUGUGGAAGAUAAGUACCAUAUAUACAAGUAGCAUCAUAAAAAAUGAUGCUAAUUGUGUUAAUUUUCACCUUACGUGUCCUGCAAACCUUGAAAGUUAGAUUUUUAACUAAAUGGAGUUACAGAAUAUUUGGCUAAAUAUAAAGUGUUGUUCUAAAGAUAAUUUAAGUUUUUGGUUUUGGUCCAAUUGCUCUCUCGUUUUGUGGUUCUCUCUGUUACGAGGAAGAAUUGAUCACGGCCACCAUGACGGCAUCGCCAAACUGGCGCUGACAGAAGCUGUGAUGUUUGACCGGGCCAUUCAGCGUGCUGCACAGCUGACCAGAGAGUCAGACACUCUGACUGUGGUCACCGCAGAUCACUCCCACGUCUUUACCUUUGGUGGAAACACACCGAGAGGGAAUCCAAUCUUUGGUAGGUGCAAAAGUUUUCAUAUAAACUAGACUAAGGAGAAACUAUGAGCACUGGAGUGAAUGAUGAUGUUUGUAAAAAAGUAGAAAUGACUGACAUUUGAAGUGUUAUAUAUAUUGAAGGAUUAUGUUUGGUAAAUUUAAUGUUAAGGCUUCAAACUUUGAUGUCAGUCUGUGAGCUAAGUUUGACUUUCUGUCAAACUACACUGUGAUUGAUCUAUGACUAACCCUCUCCCCCAUUAUUUGUCAUACAGGCUUGGCACCAAAGAAAGCUGAUGACAAAAUGCCUUUCACCAGCAUCCUUUACGCAAACGGCCCCGGUUACGUUCACGUAAAUGGAACCAGAGGGAACAUCACAAUGGUGGAUUACUGUAAGCACAAACUAAUUUCUUUCAGAUGUGGCGCUUGUCUGAGCUGAAGUGUGUUCAGACAGCGUGAACUGAUGUGGUUAUGGCUGACUCACCCCUGUGUUUUUCUCUAGAAAGCAAAGAUGAAAUAUGAUGUUUAUGGAAUUCUUUGUGCUGCGUCUACUGUCUUCAUGUUACUGCGUCUAAAAAUGCUAUUUCUAUUUCUUGUGGAGCACUUAACAGCAGUUUCCCCGUUCCUCCCACUCUUGUUCUGCACCAUUCGCUUUAGUCAUUGCAUAAGUGUAUAUACUUAAAGGUGGAAAUAUCUCCCUCCGGCGAUGACUUACCUUUACAAACCCACAAUUUUGCCUUUUUGAGUGGACUGGCGUCACCUAAUGUUUUUGGAAACAGUGGUUGUGUCUUUGCACGAUUCAUCUGUCACCUUAAGUAAACAUGCAAUUACAAGUAAGGUAUUCAUUUCUAAGACUUUAUGAAUCCAUCUGGAGCCGAAAAGAAUAAAAGCCUUUAACAGAUUUUUGCAACAAUGAGCCCGCAUCACGACAAAGACAUAAUCCGGAGUAACAGUGAAGACUGCAAUCUGCUUGUUUUCAACUCUUGUCUGUUUGUUUUGGGGUGGACAAAAGUUAUGUAAUCAGUGACUUCACUGAAAGAAAGUCAGGCAGUAACUACUGUAAUUUUAUGAAAAAGAGGCUUUAAUUACAUUUUGAGGUUUGGGAAUGUUUUAAUCAUGUUUGAUUGAGUUAAUUAAAGACGAUUUUCGAAAGCAAUUAAAUGAGGCACACAGAAGCCCUAAAACAAACAGAAGGUGUAUGUAAUUUUCAGAGUGUCUUAAGAUGAUCUCUGUUGAUAUUUGAGAUGGAGACAAUGGUGAUCCAGUACAGACUAAAGACCUCUGAGAAAGUUAUGAGACAAAUAAUUUUAAGUUAAAAGGGCAGGAUGCUCUUUUUUAAGUAAAAUUCUCAACAAAUGUCUUUUAAAUUUCUUAAAGCUCCUGUGAGUUAUUUUAUUUUAUUUUAUUUUAUGACAGACUGAAAUUCCUAUUAAUACCUUCUUAUGAUUUAUAAAUGCAAACAAAACCAUCUGAGACAAGAUUGACUAUUUUUAUAUUAUAAUUUUUAGUGUCUAAAACAAAUGGGAGAGGGUAGGUGUCAGCCAAGCAGCUGAAGAAACAGCCCAAUUUUUUUUUCAAAAUUGACUUUAAAAUAUCACAUUUAACCAUAAAUUUGACUCUCAAAAGUCAGCGGAAUAUGGCUCCUUGUAAAGGACAAGGUAUAUAAAGACUGUUUUGUCCACCAAAAGUUCCCCACUGGAGCUUUAAGUAAAAGCCAGGAUUAACAUUAAUUUGUAUUUACCAGUAAUGGGCAUUCCAUUAAAUACUCUCUCUCUGUUUACUUGUGAUUAAAUCGAUAACACAAGCAAACAUUUAUCUAAAACUUACGAUUCUGCUCAUUUCACUGCAGAUGAUGAAGAGUACAUGCAGCAGGCCGCCGUCCCACUGGAUGCUGAGACACAUGGCGGGGAGGACGUGGCCAUCUACGCCAAAGGCCCAAUGGCUCAUCUGUUCCAUGGAGUCAAAGAGCAGAACUAUGUUGCACAUGUCAUGGCCUAUGCAGCCUGCUUAGAGCCUUACAGGAACUGCCCUCCUCACCCGCACUCACACUCCUCACAUGGGUCUUUGAACGCACCCUCCAGCCUCAUGUUUGUCCUGCUCGGCUUCCUCUGGCUCUUCAGAUGACCUCAAGAAACACACAUCAGGAAACACUUUUUAACAAAAACAUAUGCAUGAAUCAAAUCAGACACCAAAUGUGCACACACUGCACAAAAUCUCACUGUGGCAAGUCAGAAUGCAGGGAUCCAUUUUUAUUCAUUCAUUACUCACACACAAUGUUCAUCCUGAUCAGGCAGUGUGCUUUCAUAUGCUUAAAACCCUGAAAACACUAUAAGUAGGAUGCAGUCUUACCUAUGUUUGCAGUGACUCUCAAAUGCCAAAUAACAAACACACCAACACUGCAAGUUAGAACACUUGAAAAUAUGCAAACAUGAUUAAACACACACCUUCUUAAAAGACUAUUGGGUGCAACUGCACCACAGUGGAGCCUGCAGCAUUUAUAAUGACUGUUCCAAACCUGUAAUUGAGGCAUGACAUGAACUUGCACUAACUUAUUUGAUUAGUUAAAUAGUUUUUUUCAUCCUUAUUUUCUCUGCAAGCUGUCUGUUUACUCCAUAAGCCAUCAGAUCUCUGCAAAGGGCAUUAAAUGUAAGUCAUAUCACACAGUUAUUCGUGUUCAUGGUUGCAGCUGAAUAAAUGACUAUAUGAUGCGAACAGAAGCCAGCUGCACGCCAUCAUGCAACUGAACUGCCAUCAACACCAGCAGACCUUAAAAGAAAUCCACAAGAUGCUGUACCUCCUUUAGGAGCGGAAAAUAGUCAUUUUUAAGACUUUUUAUUUUUUCAGAUUUAUACCUUGACCUCAUUGAUCUGAAAUAGUAAAUUUGUUCUAUGUAGUCUAUAUAAAUUGUAUAUGAAUGUACUUUAAAACCAAAUAUUGUAAAUGUAUUUUUAUACUGUAUGUUUUUUUUUUCUGAAAUUAUGAGGAUAAAGUACCGUUUAUUGUC